AUGGUAUCGACGUCUAGCCAUCUGCUGCCUUUGGGCGGCGGUGGUGGCAGAAGCGGCAGCGGCAGCGGCAGCGGCGGAGGUGGAAUCAGGACACCAGGAGAGCUAUCGCCGUCAUUCGCCCAGACGGGAGCGGAACUCGACCUAGACGACAGUGACAUUGACGAUCUGGACCUCCACGCAGCGGUGGGCGGUCCCGGCGGCCCGGGGGCCGAGAUAUACGAGAUGCGACGACCGAGCGACGUAUCGUGGACGGUAGGAGGGGGGAGGGGAUCGAUGAGCAGCAGACCUCUGUGGGACGCGGAGGAGGAAGAAGGAUCUGGAGAAGAAGGGGAUUCGGAAGAGAUGCAGCGGCGGCAGCAGCUCACGCCUGACGGGAGUUCUUCCUCCGUCGAGAGUUUCCAGCUGUACACUCCCGAUGAGGAGGCUGCUGUGCGGCGCAAGUUUGAUCGCAAGCUCGUCGUAUCGGACUGGUACCAGUGGGCCCUGACGGCCUUCUACCUGACGUACAUCGCCUUCGAAUGGAUGGCCUUGCUGUGGAGGACGGUCCCGGCGCACGUGUACGUGUCCAUGCUGGUGCUGUCGUGGGGGGUCAUGGCCUCGCUCCAGGCCGUGGCGACGUCGUACCCCGUCCUCAUCGCGCUGAGGGCCCUGCUGGGCAUCGGUGAGGCCGGCUUCACCGGCAUACCCUUCUAUCUGGGCUACUUCUUCAAGAGGCGCGAGCUGGCCUUCCGAACGGCCAUUUUCAUCUGCGGUCAGUUUCUUCGAUCUGUCCUUGUUCUCUUCAACGACAGCGAUGGCAUCACCGUCAUCAUCCAUCAAGAACUAACAGGAUAUCAUACAGCCGCACCCCUCGCCACCAGCUUCGCCAGCACGCUGGCCUGGCUGAUUGUCAAGUUCGCCGAGACGGGACCCAUAGCGCCCUGGCGACUACUCUUCCUGGUGGAAGGCUUCCCCUCGGUGAUCGUGUCCGUGGUGGCGUGGUCAGUCAUCCCGGACUCGCCCCAGACGGCGCGGUAUCUCACCAAGCGGGAGAAGAAGGUGGCUCGUCUACGGCUGCGCAGCGAGCAGGAGCAGGAUGACCAGGACUCUGCUGCCGCCUCGGGGUCGGGUAGCGACGGCGUCGGCAGCAGCAGCAGCAGCAGGAGCAUGGUAUCCAUGCUCGUCGACCCGACCAUAUGGCUCCCGGCAGCCAUGUUCUUCCUGACCAACAUGGCCUACUCCAGCCUCCCGGCCUUCCUGCCCCGCAUCCUGACCGACAUGGGCCACACGCGUCUGGGCUCUCAGGCCCUCAGCGCGCCGCCCUACCUGGUCGCCGCCGCGGCCGUGCUCGUCACGGCCCGCGUCUCGGACCGUCUGGGUUCGCGCACCCUGCCCCUGGCGCUGCACGCCUUGGCCUCGGCGGCCGGUUACGCCACUCUGUGCGCGGCCGAGCCCCUCCGCCUGCCCGUCUGGCUGCGCUACGCGGCCGUGUACCCCGCCGCCGUGGGCUUCUUCAACGUCGUCACCAUGCUGCUCGUCUGGUCCGUCAACAACAACCACCGCAAGAGCAGGGGGGCCAGGGGCGCCGCCUCCUUUGCCGUCCUCCAGGCCGUCGGCCAGUGCGGGCCCCUCGUCGGGACCAGGCUGUACCCCGUCGCCGAUGCGCCGUAUUACACGCGUGGCAUGACGAUCUGUGCCGUCGCCAUGACGGCCGUCGCCGUCUUGGCCUUUGUGCUGAGGUUCAUCCUCCGUCGCAGGAACGCCGCGCUGGAUGCUGAGGACCAUGCUGCCAGCCCGUCUGCUGUUGCUGACGACGAGGAGGAAGGUCUGGUCGCUGCUAGCGGCCGACGGGGGACGAAGCAGGGCUCCAGGUUCCGGUAUAUUUUGUGA